GCCAAUCUUUUCUCCUUUUGUCUUUUUUUUUUUGUCUUCAAUGCUCAUAGUUAUAUACAGUAGUGCGUGCGCGCGCCUGCGUAUGUGUUGGAGCGCUUGGCAUCCAGCUCGCAAGCCAAGCAGGAUCGUGUCAGGAAAGCAGGAAUGGCGUUUCACCUGCUCACCACAGUAUGGCUGCUCUUUGCUAGGAUCAUAAUAACACACCAAAUUCACAUGAGUUCCUUUUACACAUUUAUUUUCCCUCCACGUGGGCCUCAGAUGUUUCCAUGCCUGACUUAUUUGGAGAGGAACGUUAGGGUGGACUGUGAGUUUCCAGUCACCGAUGAGAUACCGGGUCCUUACUGUGAGUAUCGUCAGGAUAGCAGGCUGGUGGGCAGCACCUACCCAAACGCCGUCAUUUACGUGUCCAUUGAGGACCGCCGAAGGAGCAACGUCAGCCUGUUCGCCCCAAAUGUGUGUCGCCUCACCUGGGCGCCAAUGGCCGACGAGAAGCCUUACACAUACACGUGCAGGGUUUACCAAGGCACUGGUUGGAAAGAGAACAGCAUGGCCGUCCAUCACCGGAUUCUUCCAAUCUGCUCAGCAAUCAGCGUGAUGUUUGAAUCAGCGCCAUGGCUUUUGUCAAUGCUGAUAUCACUUCCUGCGGCAAUGGGUUUUCUAAAUCCAUGAACAAUUCCUAAUGACACAAUGGACCUAUAGAUUAUGACUCAUUAUAGUGGCUAGCUAAGUUUGAGAUGAUCCUGAUUCAGAAUAUUUCAGAAAAACACAUCACCAGAGCCUUAUAGAACCAUGUUUCACCCUUUUUUCAUUUCAGUGAUAUCAAAAAAUUAAUGACCUAAAAACAAAACGGUCAUAUUGUGUGGAUUGUACACCACUUAUGACAAAGGGAUUAACCUGUCAGUGGUUCUCAACUUGCUAAACAUACCGAACCCCACAAGUCUCCCAUGUGGAUUCACCGAACCCUUCAGAAUUAUAAAAUUAAGCAAUUUAAAAAUAAUAAUAAUAAUAAUAAAAUGCCAACAACACAAGAGAAAUAUUAUCUGUAGAUACAGAAACUGAACUAUCUUCUGUCAACUACAAGUAUCAUAGUCUUGCAUAAUUACGAUAAACUGCAAGGUAAAACGUGUACUGCACAUUGUUGCUUUUUGAGUCAUAUAAAACCAAAACAGUGUAACAAGUAUUGUUUUUUUAGACUAGAUAUCAGUUUCAAUACACAACAUUUUAACAAGUGUAUAGGUACUUACAUUCCUUACAGCCUAAACAGACAUGACAAGAAAAAGGCAAUACGAGUGCAUGUUAUGUUGAACUUUGUGCAGGAUUCCUUGAAAAAGAGGUUUUUAUUCUCAAUGGGAUUUUCCUGCCUAAAAAAAUGGUUCAAUUAAAAUUGAAAAAAAUAUAUUGUGACGUUUAAACAAUAUUACUCACCUCUUCUAAUGCUAUUUAAUUUGGUACACAAGUUGCACACUUGCUUGAAAAGCAUUUAUUUAUUUAUUCAUUCAUUCAUUCAUUCUUUUUUUUAAAAUUUUUUUUUAUACCUGUCCUGUUCAGCUGUUUGACAGAGAGAAUGGAAGUCUAAGUGCCCGGAUAGUCUGAACAGUUUUAAUGUUUCACAUUGAGCGUCUGACAUACUCCCAUUGUGAUCAUUCAAAAUACCUUUUUAUUAUGACCAAGCAGCGAACAGGAAGGGAUUGUGGGGGGACAGAAGAAAAGAAACACAAGAGAAGAAAGAAAAGAAACACAUACACAAACAACAACAAGAAAUACUGUAUAUUGAACAUCUAGACUAAUUACUAAUAUACUGGUGCCAUCAUCAGCAAGAUGUAUUUCCGGUUUACACCAUGUGGGGGCCUAUUGGCCACUGAAAGAGGGGGACGGGGGUGGGUGGGGGUGUCUAUAAGCUAAGCGAUUGAAAGGGGUAGAGUCUACACAAAUCAGUUCUGUGAUCUAGAACCCAGUAAUCGUGUGAAUCGCUUAUGAAUGUAAGCCCGUUGGCGACCAACCCUACGCCGCCCCAUGGCCAAUCCCGGCACCAGGACCCCCAACCCGAGCAUGCCCUACCACAUCCAGCAGCACGCGAGCCCCACAGGGCGUGCGACAGCCACGCAGACGGGCGGAGAAGCCGCGCGGGCGCCAACCCAGGGCCACAGCCCCCACCCAGCCAGCUCGGGGAGGGAAGGGCGGGCGUGGGGUUUGGGGGUUCAAGCGCAGCCCAUCCCUCCUCCCGCAGCCCAGCAAAGGAGCCAUCGUCCCCCUCCCCGGGAUCCAGGGUGCUCCCCGGGCCACUCGCGCACCCAUCAACCGGCCUUCAGGGAUGGUAGGAGGGGACGCACCACCAACCCCACGUCCACCCCCACCAGGGGCCACGAGCCGCAGCCGCCCAACCGGCACGGCACGCCACGGGACCCCCAGCGGCCCAUCAAGCCCAAGGCAGGGCAGGGUCCCCCGCCGGUGCAGGCAACACCCCGCUGAUACACCGGCGCCCAGCCAGCGACCCGCGACUGAGCGCAGGGCGGAUGUCCAGUCAGAGAAGAGAAGGGAAGGCAGAGGCAGGAGAACGCCUAGGAACUGCCACGGGGCGAUGCAAGAUCGGAGCCCCGACCCCCCCACCCCACUCCCGCGGGCAGCAGCCCAGGCAGAGGGGAGGCCACACCCCAGGAGCAUUCAUUCAUUAAUUUAUUUAUUUAUUUAAUAUGGACAGUGCAAAUAGAUGAACAUCUAAUAGACACAUCCAAAAGAUUCACAUUUGCCAGAUUGUAGCAAAUAUGCUAAUUUACAUCUUCAGUCCCUAGGCAGGUAACACAAAGACACAAAAAGACAAAAAAAGAACAUAAGAGAACAAUGAGAAAGCACAGUACAAUAGGUUACUAUGUCAUUUAAAGUCAGUGAUUUCAGGACUGGUUUACAUUCAAUCAUUUCAAAAUCAUUGCCUUAUAGUUAUUAAUUUUAUUAUUAUUAAAUAUUUGUCACGUUUAUUUAGCUUCCUUUUCUUUUAAACAAAUUUUACAUCAUUUUUCAGGUUCUUCUUUCACAAAAGCACUUUAAUGAUGAUACUGUAUGUGUUUUUUUUCUUGAACACACCUUCAUUUAACUAUGUUAUGAUACCAGAUGUACACUAAAUGCUAUAACCAUGUUAAAGCAAUAAAGGUGUCAAUCCACAAAUGUGAGUAGUUUAUCUACU